AUGCCUAAAUUAAUACCCGUUUAUGAUAAUGAAAAAUCGUUAAAAGAGCAAAAUGAAGAAGAGUUAAAAAAGCAUCGUAAAUGGGAUAAUAUUCAUUCGUUAACAAAAGAAAAAAAAAAUAGUAAACAUGAAAAUGAAGAAGAAUAUGAUUCGGAUAAUAAAUAUCAUCUGAAGAAAAAUAAAAACAUUCUGAAGAAUGAAAAAGGCUUUUACUUAAAAAAAAGGAAAACGUCAACUGAGAGUGAAGAUGACGAUGUUACCAAAAAUAUCCAAAAAAAAAGAAAAGAAAAAAAAGAAGACAUUAAUAUAUCUUAUAAAUCCAAAACUAAUAAAUCGUCCAGUAGUUCAAGUUAUUCAUAUAAACAUAAAAAUAAAAAAAAUGAAAAAAAUAAAAAGAGGAAAAGUUAUCCCUCCAUAAGUCAUUCUCCCUUAUCAAGUAUUCCAUCCUUAUAUACAUAUUCUAAUAGCAAUAGUGAAUCUAAAUAUUAUAGUGAUGAUGAAAAGAAGGAUGAAAAACAAAAAAAGGAAAAAGAUAAAACAGAACAUAGGAAGCACCAUAAUGAUAAGAAAAAAAAGAAAAACAAAAAAAUCGAAAAUGCUCACAACUUAUCCGAUGAAGAUGAUAAUAAGAAUGAUAAAGAACAAACUAGUAAUUAUGAAUCAUUGAGUGAUGAUAAUGUUAGUGAUCAAGGAAAAAAUAAAGAAAAACAUGAUAAAAAAAAUAUUCAUACUGAAAUCCAAUCAUGUUCUGACACCAGUAAAAAAGAUACACAUUAUAGAAAAUAUGGUUCAAACGAAAAUCUCCAUGUUAAUAGUGAUGAAGAAAAUGACUCGUAUUACCAUAAAGACUAUCAUGGAGAAAAGAGAAAAAAAUCAAAAAAUGAUGAAGACAAUAAAAGAAGCAGGAAAAAACAUAAAUCUCAUAGAGAAAAUUACAAAUAUAUAAGUAAGAGGAAAUAUAGUCGUGAUAAUCAUGUUAGUAGUAGCAUGGAAAGUGAUGAUUAUGAUAAAUAUGAUGAAGAAAAAUAUAAAAAUAAAAGAAGAGAAAAAUAUAAAACUUAUAGAAAAGAUACAAAUUAUAAAAGAAGACAUUAUUCAUCUGAUGUAUCUCUUAAUGAUGAGGAUUUAAAAUAUAAGGAUAGAAAAUAUCAUAGAAAAUAUCAUCAUUCAAAAGAAAAUAAUAAUUAUGGAAGAUAUGAUUAUAAAAAAAAUGAUUUUCACAAAAAUUAUAAGGAUACAUAUGAUUAUUCAAGAAGAAGACGUGAUUUUCAUAAUAGAAGGACACAAUUACGAGAUAAUUAUUAUUAUGAAAAAGUAGACGAUAUAAAAAAAGAAAAUGAUUCUGUUAAUAAUGAGCAAAAUAAUUCAAGCGGAAAUACAAAGCAAAUUGAUAAUAUACAAAAAGAUAAUAAUGUGGAAGAAAAUGAUGUUAUACAUAGUGAUAAUAGUGAAAAGGAAAAAUUAAAAAAAAGAAAUGAAAUAAAUAAAAAGUUGCAAGAAAAACUGCAAGAGGAAAAAAUGAUGCAAUCUUUGGGUUUACCUCUAGGUUUUAUAUAA